AACACACUGCCUGACUGCCAGCUGUCCAAACUGUGGAACUUACCUGAAAGCACAUUUGGAAAUGUUACCAAAAACACGUGUUGUUAACAAGCGGACUGGAUAACACGAUAUAUUUAUUUGAAUGUAUUCUGUUUUGUUUCUUCGACGAUACUUCUUGACAAACGCCACAGAAAAGGAAGCGCGCGCAGGCGGAUGUUGAUGAACUAUUAGCGGCUCUCACGCGCAGCGCUUCUCCACCGGAAAUUCACGAGAAGUUUCGGCUUUAAGAGAUUUUGUUCUCGGCAGACAGAACGUGGCUUCGGAUACCGGGCAGUUUUCAUGAAAAAUUACACUUGUUCACACUUUAUCUAAGAGAGAAGCCGAGAGUAAAGCCGCCAAUGGGUUCUCAUGGGCCGGGGCGGAAAAGAACCCCUAACAGAAAUGGGGUGACUCCAGAAGAAGAUGCACUUAAUGUAAUAGCAAGAGAGGCUGAGGCCCGGUUGGCAGCUAAGAGGGCAGCCAGGGCAGAAGCUCGCGAGAUCCGCAUGAAAGAGCUGGAGAGACAGCAGAAAGAGAUCUAUCAAGUCCAGAAGAAAUACUAUGGCUUGGAGAAUCUGGACAGCAAAUGGGGGGACAUUGAGCAAUGGAUGGAGGACAGUGAGCGGUAUACACGCCACUCACGAAGACAUGGCUCGAUGUCAGAUGAUGAAGAACGGAUGUCGGUGGGGAGCAAGAGCAGCACACGGCUAUCUCAAAUGUCCUUACCCACUCACAAGAGCUCAAAGAAGAAGAAAAAGAUGAAGCACUCUCCUGAAUUUAGCAAUGGCUAUGAUGAUGAUUACAGCUCAGUUUCUGGCCGGCUGUCUGAGUAUAGUGGUCUUCUGCGUUCAAGUUCCAGAACAUCAUCCAGGACAAGCUCCAGAUGUGCCAGUCCUGUGGAGAACAGCAGCAGUUCAGUGGCCAGUUUUUUACGAAAGGCGGCUAACAGCAGUGGCUUAUCUAGAGACUUGGAUUAUGUGACUAUUCCAGAUUUGCCAAACGUGAGUGGCAAGCUGCUUAGGUUGGAUGACAGGUUAGAAAGAGAAACCUUUGAAAAGGGCUCUUCUCGAGUGUCAGCUAUGUCUACUGUUACGCUUACCUCACACGGCGGAACGUCCUCACGCAGAGGAAGUGGAGAUUCAUCUGUCACUGCAGACACAGAGGCCUCCUUACAUGAGCUGAAGGAGAUUCAUGAGCUUAAGGAUCAGAUCCAGAAUGUCGAGGCCAAGUAUAUGCAGAGCCUCAAAGAAGUCAAGGAUUCCCUGGUAGAAAUGGAGGAAAAGUAUCGCAAGGCCAUGGUGUCCAACGCUCAACUGGAUAACGAGAAGUCCAAUUUCAUGUACGAGGUAGACACAUUAAAAGACUCCUUAAUGGAGCUUGAGGAGCUUCUUGCUGAGACUCGAAGAGAGCUCGGGGAGAAGAGUAAGGAUCUGGAGCGAGAGAAGCAUGCCCACAGUAUACUGCAGUUCAAGUUCGAUGAACUAAAAGAAACACUGAAGCAAAGUGAUGAGCUACUGACUGAGAUACGUCAGUUGCGACUCAAACAAGAUGGCUUUGUUAGGGAGAUUUCAGACCUGCAGGAAACUAUCGAAUGGAAGAAUAAAAAAGUCGGGGCGUUAGAAAAGCAGAAGGAGUAUUCGGAUGCGAUCCGAAAUGAGCGAGAUGAGCUCAGGGACGAAGUGGUUCAGCUCAAAGACAUUUUAAAGAAACAUGGCAUUGUCAUCGGAUCUGACUUAAACACCCAUAAGGACGUAGCAGAUGGAUCAUCAGGCAAUGACGUGCAGCAGGGCAGCAGUAUACUAGGCACCCAGGAGUGGCAGCUGGGUAGAGAUGAAAAUCUAGGGGGUUCCAGAGGAAGCCAAUUCCAACAACCAAGGCACUUUGAUCAUGGAUUGCAAGAGAAUGGUCCGCCUUCGCAUGUUUCAGGAGGUUCUUCCGAGUCUUGUUUGGUGGCACAAAAGGAGGAUGUAAACCAAGGAAAUGACCUAAACAAGGACUUAAGGGCAUUUCAAAACUGUGAUGUUGACACUAGCGUGCCAGUUUCUAAAACAGAGUUAAAGGAUGAGGUUGAAGAAGUAGUUGUGGAGAAAAACCUAAAAGGUGAAGUGGUUGAAUUUGAGCCUGUUGCCAUUACUAGGAAGGAUGUGAGGACAGACCAAAAGAGUCCAGUUUUUGUUCAAAGUCAAGAGACAGUAAAAGAGGAAAUAUUAGCAGAAGAUGAAAAACAGGUUUGUGAAAAUGUGGUCAGGAAUAUUCAGGCUGAAAAGAUUUCUGAGGUUCCAUCAGAAAAAAUAGAUGCAAACGACUCGCAGUCAAAAAAUUUAUGUGCUUCUGGAAAAAAGAAGAAAAAGAAGAGAAAAAGCAAGCAUAAACAAAAGCAAGAUUGCCAUGAAAAAGAGGGUAAUGCUGAGACAGGGAACCUAAAUGAACAGCAGCCGGAACCCUCACGUGAAUCAGCAAAAAGUGAACAAAUAGCAACUCAGUUGAAUAAUGAAGCAAAAAUGGACCCAGUAAAAAAUGAGGAUGAUUCUGGCGAAUUUCAAAUCCAUGAUACUGAUAUCUUAAAAUCAGCCACUAAUGUGCAAGGUUCUGACUCAGCACCCAUCAUUGAUAGUAACAUCCCAACUGAUGACUUGCCAUUUCAAAGUACCACCAGUGAUGUCAAAUCUAGUGAUCAGUUAGUUACUACAAAUGCUGAAGCAACAUUGCUAAGUAACAUGGAUGACACUCCUGCCAUUGAUGAGCAGGGUGCCCAGUUGGUAGACAUGGUUGCAGAAACAUACAUGGGCUCAAACAGGAGUGAUGUGCCUUUAGAAGAUCAAAGUCAUGCCAAGGAUGCAGCACAGCUUUCUGAAGAGGUGAAAGACGAUCAGGACUUACUUGCGGGACAUGAAUCCAAGGUAAAGUUGGACGAAGAUGAUGAAUGUGCCGAAUCACCUGAGUCUGGUGGUCUACAUUUAGAGGAACCAACAGAGGGUACCACUGAAUGUCUUUCUGCCAAACCAGAUAUAGCGGACAUGGGAUCAGAAGAACCUAUGCAUACUGAGUGUCAGCAAGACCAUGAAAGCAUUGCCGCUUGUUCUGAGCAAACCGGUGAAACACAGAUGGUUUUAAAUGCUCAGAAUACAAGUGUCGAUCAAGAACUACAAAUAGAUUAGCAGAAUGUUGGCAACUGGGAAACCUACUAAUGAUAUUUAAAAAUAUAAAGAACUGGAGCCCAGUGCUGGAGUCAAGCAUGAAAAAGCAUUUAGUUGUCAGAACCUUAGGCUGGUAGCUCUAUUCCUUGUGGAUGUCCAAAUUUGGAAGGGAAGGAGGUUAAAGGGUUUAAAUCUGAAAAGAAUAGUGAAAAGAAGAUCUCCAGAGACUAAGUAGGACUGCUAAAGUUAUUUAUUAUAUAACUGCAUCUAAAUAUAGACUAUAAAUAAUUGUUUUAUGUGGGAAAUCAGUCUAAACACACAACUGUUUCAAACAUUUCAGUAAUUGUUGUACAUCUGUAUGUGGAUCAUUGUAGUGUGAUUGUGUUACAUUCCAAAUAAGUCAGACCAUAUUGCACAUGAUGUCAGAAGAAAAUUCGAUUGCUAAUGGGUUGGUAAUGUCAUUACAGCUUAUAGUGUGUAAGGUCCUACCACUCGCACAGUGUAUACUUUUUCUCUCUUUAAAAAUAUUGCAAGCAGGAACAGCAGUAGCAAACUGGAUUUUGCAUUUCUGGUAUAGUGCAAAUAAAAUGAGUUCCUUAAACUGGUGACUACUUGCAGCUCUGUAUCAAUCUUGCAUUUGUACUGGAAAGCUUUGCAUUGGUUUCACAUUUUGCUCUCUAAUAUCAUGUCAUUCAAUUAUCUGAUACAUUCCAUUCUG